AUGUAUCCGAUUCUGCUCCUCUCGCUGGCUGCAACCACAGGUGCUACGUGGGUGGAAGACACGUUUUUCACCGGCCAGCAGCCAACUUGGAAGAAGUUUGCGAUGGCGGCUGAUGGCUCCGUGAUCGCUGGUGCAGGAUUCAAUUCCUACUGGGUCAGCACAGACAGCGGAGCAACUUGGACAAAGCGAUCUCCUAUGGAAAAGCAGUAUGAAGGCAUUGCCCUUUCAGCUGAUGGAUCCAAACUUGUUGCCGGUGGAAUUGAAGUGAACAUGUGGAAGAGCGAUGGCGGUCCAACCUUUCAAACGGGUUUGGCUGAUGCACAAUUCCCAAGCUCAACAUCUCAGAAGCUUCGUGACCUGGCAAUGUCGCCGGAUGGCAACAUCAUUGUCUCAGCGGGUGACACCAGUGACGUGGACGCGCAGACCUGGACCCAGGGUAGCUUUCGAACCACCGACUUUGGUGCGACGUGGAAUCAAAUCUCGACCACCCCAAUGACGGGCAUCGCCAUGUCGGACGACGGCAAUGUGAUUGCAGCUGUGACCUCGCAAAGCAACGCAGGAGUUCGUGUGAGCACUGACGGAGGUGCCAAUUGGGCAACCAACACGCCGAGCGAAUCCACGAGCCUACAUGCCAUUGCCAUGUCGUCAAACGGCACGAUUAUGGCAGCCGUUGGCCAUGGAAACGGUGGCAUUUGGCUCAGCACUAACACUGGCUCAACUUGGACUCAGGUCGUGUCUGAUUCUGGUGUUUGGGAAAGCGUGGCCAUGUCCGCGGAUGGCUCAGUGAUGGGCGCAACCAAGAUGUCUUCUAAGCUUUGGACCAGCUCUGAUUCCGGCACCACCUGGGCGGAGGAUGCGACAAGUCCGGACAAUGCCAAGUUCAUUGCGAUCUCAUCCGAUGGCACGAAGAUGGUGAUGGAGGGUGCUGGUAAGCUUCAGUACAAGGGUUUCCCGACGAGCACGACGACAACGACGACAACGACCACCACAACAACCAGCACUACCACCAGCGGAGCCGGAAGCGGAGGAACCAGCACUACACAAGCAAACACCGCGGGUGACGCCAUAACAUCGGCCUCGCACCAUGCCGCCUUCAUCGGAGUGAGCUGCAUGGCCACUCUCACUCUAACCAUGUUGGCUUGA